GCUCUGUCCUUGGAGAAGAACGGCAGGCAGUAGGACCCAGUGACGCCCAGUCAGACAGAUAGCAUAUCCUGUACUUUGAGCUGUGAUCAGGCGCACUCUGUCAGUAAGCUCAGCAUGGAGCUGUUUGCUUUCCUCUCUCACCCCAUCUGGUUCUUUACCUUUGUCCUUCUAGUAAUUAUCCUGCGUGCAAAAAGGAAAGGGCCAUGGAACCCUCGCCAGUGCAAGAAAGAUCUAACUGGGAAAACCGCCAUAGUGACUGGAGCCAACACAGGUAAGGACACAUGGCAUGCAUAGAUUGCAAGCUCCUGGGGACAGAAACAGAGGAUUUUCCUUACACACGGUGAAUGGUGAGUGUGUGCUUAGUGAUUCGUAAUUAACCCUAGCAUGGGAGGAGUGAUAGAGGACAUUUAUUAAUAUAAAGAGUUAAUUCUUUAUAUUAUUAGCAUUAUUUAUUUUAUAUAUAUAUAUACAUACAGUCACAGGUCUAGUGAUUGAUAAAACAUAAACAGUGAUCAAUACAAUAUAGAUAGUGUAAGACAUGAAACAGACAGCGAUUGGCACAAGACAGACAGUGACUGACAAAAGACAGACAGCAAUUGACACAAGACAGACUGUGAGUGACACAAGACAGACAGCGAUUGACACAAGACAGACUGUGAGUGACACAAGACAGACAGCGAUUGACACAAGACAGACUGUGAGAGACACAAGACAGACAGCGAUUGACACAAGACAGACAGCGAUUGACACAAGACAGACAGCGAUUGAAACAAGACAGACUGUGAGUGACACAAGACAGACAGCGAUUGGCACAAGACAGACAGCGAUUGACACAAGACAGACUGUGAGUGACACAAGACAGACAGCGAUUGACACAAGACAGACUGUGAGUGACACAAGACAGACAGCGAUUGACACAAGACAGACAGCGAUUGACACAAGACAGACUGCGAUUGAAACAAGACAGACUGUGAGUGACACAAGACAGACAGCGAUUGACACAAGACAGACUGUGAGUGACACAAGACAGACAGCGAUUGACACAAGACAGACUGUGAGUGACACAAGACAGACAGCGAUUGACACAAGACAGACAGCGAUUGACACAAGACAGACUGCGAUUGAAACAAGACAGACUGUGAGUGACACAAGACAGACAGCGAUUGACACAAGACAGACUGUGAGUGACACAAGACAGACAGCGAUUGACACAAGACAGACUGUGAGUGACACAGUCAAUGGUCAAUCAGGGCUUGCAAGUAGAAUAAAUGAUCAAUUAUAAACUACAGAAACUACAGACCUGACAACCAGUGGGGGGACUAAAAGUAAAGUAAGAAUUGCAAGAAUUGCUGUUGGGCUUCCCUAUUGUAAGAGUUGGCAAAAGGUAGAUCCUCAUCUGUCAUACAACUCCCACAAUUCUUCGACAGCUGGGGCAACACCCGUUUCCCAUGCUUGCAGGGUUGGAAUUAGCAUUGAGUAAUGUUUGUGUGUUUGAAUGUAAGCAUGUUUACGUAUGAUGUAUAUUUGUGUGAAUGUAGGGUGUGUUUCUAUGUAGUGUUGGUGUUUGAAUGCAGGAGUGCUUAUAUAUAAUUUUGGUGUUUAAUACAGAGGUGUGUUUGUGUGUAGUGUUGACGUUUGAAUGUUGAGAUGUAUGUUCAUAUACUCAUACACUGCCACACACACACACUGUAAUAAACAUAUAGCCAGAUACAUACACUGACACACAGACACAUAAAUAUACACACACUGACUGACAUACACUAACAGACAUCCAUAUACACACCAACAGAGAUACACAUACAUACACCCCCUCAUCUUUGCGAAGAGAGAGGACAGGGCCAAUGCAAUUAGUGAUGAAGACACUUCACAUAACGCGGGACGUCUGAAAUUACUAGAUUGGAUGUGACUUCUAACUACAAAACACACAAACUUUUAAUCUUCACAGCAUUAUUCAUUCAACUAGGACUUGUAGAGAAUGAAAAUCCCAAACUGGAACUUUUGAAUUUUUCCAAUUCAGCUAUUUUGGCAUAAAAUGUGCAACUCAGAUUAUUAUUUGUAUUCAAUUUAGAGUUCAGAAAUAUCUGUAUAUCUGUAACUGAAGCAUCUCAAAAAUAUUAUUGGAAUUUCUUUCAAAGUUAAAUUCUCAUCUUCCCUUUCUAAGAACUUGGAAGAUAAACAGAAAGUCUUGAAAGCCGGUACUCGGCCAGUCGGGAGGUGAAUGCUGAGAGUCUCCUGCCUCCUUCCUGCUGCGCAACUCUACAUAGUGGGGGGAGAUCUUGUAAAAUGUACAAGUUUAUAUGGAUAAGUUUUGAGAGGUAGUAUGAGUUUUGGGUUCUGUACUAAAUUCUCUCCUCUUUACUUUGAGUAGGUAUUGGGAAAAUGGUGGCUACUGACCUGGCCAGGAGAAAUGCUCGGGUAAUCUUAGCAUGUCGUAGCAAGGAACGUGGCCAAAAAGCCCUGACAGAGAUUCGGGAGCAGACUGGGAACAGGAAUGUUACGUUGGCAAUCCUGGACACAAGCAGCUUAUCCUCUGUUAGAACAUUCGUGGAACGCAUUCUGCAGGAGGAAAAAAGGCUGGAUAUACUGGUUAAUAAUGCUGGUGCAUCAGGUACAUAGAAGCAGAUAAUACAUCUAGUACAUGGGAAAUGGAUGGAACAUCUAGUAUAUGGGAAAGGGAUAGAACAUUUAGUAUAUGGGAAAGGGAUAGAACAUAUAGUACAUGGGAAAGGAUAGAACAUCUAGUACAUGGGAAAGGAUAGAACAUCUAGUACAUGGGAAAGGGAUAGAACAUCUAGUACAUGGGAAAGGGAUAGAACAUCUAGUAUAUGGGAAGGAAUAGAACAUCUAGUAGAUUGGAACAGAUAGAACAUCUAGUACAUGGGAAGGAAUAGAGCAUCUAGUACAUGGGAAAGGGAUAGAACAUCUAGUACAUGGGAAGGAAUAGAACAUCUAGUAUAUGGGAAGGAAUAGAACAUCUAGUAGAUUGGAACAGAUAGAACAUCUAGUACAUGGGAAGGAAUAGAGCAUCUAGUACAUGGGAAAGGGAUAGAACAUCUAGUACAUGGGAAGGAAUAGAACAUCUAGUAUAUGGGAAGGAAUAGAACAUAUAGUACAUGGGAAAGGGAUAGAACAUCCAGUAUAUGGGAAAGAGAUAGAACAUCUAAUAUAUGGGAACAGGAUAUAACAUCUAGUACAUGGGAAAGGAAUAGAACAUCUAGUACAUGGGAAAGGAAUAGAACAUCUAGUACAUGGGAAAGGGAUAGAACAUCUAGUACAUGGGAAGGAAUAGAACAUCUAGUAUAUGGGAAAGGGAUAGAACAUCUAGUACAUGGGAAGGAAUAGAACAUCUAGUAUAUGGGAAAGGGAUAGAACAUCUAGUACGUGGGAAGGAAUAGAACAUCUAGUAUAUGGGAAGGAAUAGAACAUCUAGUACAUUGGAAAGGGAUAGAACAUCUAGUACAUGGGAAAGUGAUAGAACAUCUAGUAUAUGGGAAAGAACAUCUAGUAUAUGGGAAAGGGAUAGAACAUCUAGUACAUGGGAAAGAACAUCUAGUACAUGGGAAGGAAUAGAGCAUCUAGUAUAUGGGAAAGAGAUAGAACAUCUAGUACAUGGGAACAGGAUAUAACAUCUAGUACAUGGGAAAGGAAUAGAACAUCUAGUACAUGGGAAGGAAUAGAACAUCUAGUACAUGGGAGAGGGAUAGAGCAUCUAGUAUAUGGGAAAGGGAUAGAACAUCUAGUAUAUGGGAAGGAAUAGAACAUCUAGUAUAUGGGAAGGAAUAGAACAUAUAGUACAUGGGAAAGGGAUAGAACAUCUAGUAUAUGGGAAAGAGAUAGAACAUCUAGUACAUGGGAAAGGGAUAGAACAUCUAGUACAUGGAAAGGGAUAGAACAUCUAGUACAUGGGAAGGAAUAGAACAUCUAGUACGUGGGAAGGAAUAGAACAUCUAGUAUAUGGGAAGGAAUAGAACAUCUAGUACAUGGGAAAUGGAUAGAACUUCUAGUACAUGGGAAGGAAUAGAACAUCUAGUACAUUGGAAAGGGAUAGAACAUCUAGUAUAUGGGAAGGAAUAGAACAUCUAGUACAUGGGAAGGAGAUGGAACAUCUAGUACAUUGGAAAGGGAUAGAACAUCUAGUAUAUGGGAAGGAAUAGAACAUCUAGUACAUGGGAAAGGGAUAGAACAUCCAGUAUAUGGGAAAGAGAUAGAACAUCUAAUAUAUGGGAACAGGAUAUAACAUCUAGUACAUGGGAAAGGAAUAGAACAUCUAGUACAUGGGAAAGGGAUAGAACAUCUAGUACAUGGGAAGGAAUAGAACAUCUAGUAUAUGGGAAAGGGAUAGAACAUCUAGUACAUGGGAAGGAAUAGAACAUCUAGUAUAUGGGAAAGGGAUAGAACAUCUAGUACAUGGGAAGGAGAUGGAACAUCUAGUAUAUGGGAAGGAAUAGAACAUCUAGUACAUGGGAAAUGGAUAGAACUUCUAGUACAUGGGAAGGAAUAGAACAUCUAGUACAUUGGAAAGGGAUAGAACAUCUAGUACAUGGGAAAGUGAUAGAACAUCUAGUAUAUGGGAAAGAACAUCUAGUAUAUGGGAAAGGGAUAGAACAUCUAGUACAUGGGAAAGAACAUCUAGUACAUGGGAAGGAAUAGAGCAUCUAGUAUAUGGGAAAGAGAUAGAACAUCUAGUACAUGGGAACAGGAUAUAACAUCUAGUACAUGGGAAAGGAAUAGAACAUCUAGUACAUGGGAAGGAAUAGAACAUCUAGUACAUGGGAGAGGGAUAGAGCAUCUAGUAUAUGGGAAAGGGAUAGAACAUCUAGUAUAUGGGAAGGAAUAGAACAUCUAGUAUAUGGGAAGGAAUAGAACAUAUAGUACAUGGGAAAGGGAUAGAACAUCUAGUAUAUGGGAAAGAGAUAGAACAUCUAGUACAUGGGAAAGGGAUAGAACAUCUAGUACAUGGAAAGGGAUAGAACAUCUAGUACAUGGGAAGGAAUAGAACAUCUAGUACGUGGGAAGGAAUAGAACAUCUAGUAUAUGGGAAGGAAUAGAACAUCUAGUACAUGGGAAAUGGAUAGAACUUCUAGUACAUGGGAAGGAAUAGAACAUCUAGUACAUUGGAAAGGGAUAGAACAUCUAGUAUAUGGGAAGGAAUAGAACAUCUAGUACAUGGGAAGGAGAUGGAACAUCUAGUACAUUGGAAAGGGAUAGAACAUCUAGUACAUGGGAAAGUGAUAGAACAUCUAGUACAUGGGAAAGUGAUAGAACAUCUAGUAUAUGGGAAAGAACAUCUAGUAUAUGGGAAAGGGAUAGAACAUCUAGUACAUGGGAAAGAACAUCUAGUACAUGGGAAGGAAUAGAGCAUCUAGUAUAUGGGAAAGAGAUAGAACAUCUAGUACAUGGGAACAGGAUAUAACAUCUAUGUAACGGACCGUUUUGCACACAAGGGGUAAAAACCGUUUAGGCGAUCGGCCCCCUUUCCAGAGAUACAGGCACAGCUACUGCAGAACAUCAAACUCCCAAACUGGAUACAAAAUAGCACUCCAACUCCCGAACUGGAACCUCCCAAAUAGCUGCUAGCAGACGAACAGGAAAAGCUCCCAAGCAGCUUACACUCCUGGCAAUCAGUCUCUAACAGCAUACAGUGAAUCCCCCCAAGAACGAGACAAGGCUCUGUGUUGAGGAUCAAGCAGUGGUCUGAGGUGCUGGCACACCCAGCCUGGUUUUUAUUACAGUGUUUCAAAUACAGGACCACCCACAGGGAGGGAUAAAACAACCAAUCAUAUCACAGUUACAUCCCACAUAUUCCCUCCCCUUAUCCUGAGAGGAAACUCAAUUAUACAAACAGUUAAAACAUACUUUCUACCCAACUUUCAUAACUCCAAAACCAUACAUCACAUUCACAUAAAAUUACAUAUUCUCAAUCAAUCCAUUCAGGGGAACAACAUAUUCAAAAAUGGCACAAAUCAGACAAGGGGUUCAAAAGUUAGUAAAAAGUCCUUUGUGACUAAAUGAAGCAUGGCUUUCUGGCCCAAACCAGUUUCAGAGUCUUCUAUCCUGGAGAUAAGUAAUUCAAUUAUCUCCCAGGACAGACACAAGACUCCAUUAAGCACAUGGUUGCAAAGAGACACAAAACACUUUAAAAUACAUAAAGUCACAUUUAUUACAUAAAACACAGACAUGUAACAUAUCCCCAGAUAGCUCAGGUCCGAGCGCACAUUAUUAAGUGAAUGGCGCUCAGACCACACGAAUACAGUUUAAUCGCCAUGGAGCUAAAGUCUUUACAGUCAGUUUCAUACGAAUGGGCUCCAUGGGAUUCCUAUCUGGGGUAUAACACAUUCAAACAAAUCUACCGAACCCCAGGCAGAAAAGCACGAAUACAGCUUUUCUGCAGGCAAAAAUAAAGUCUUUUAAAAGGGGGCCAUAGUCCAAAGGCAGCAGGCGAGCAACCAGGCUUCUCCAAUGCAAUGUGGCGAGAUUGGUCUCGUCACAUCUCUCCCCUUUUCCAAACAGACUAACAGGGUAUCUGACCUCCUGCCGGUCAGUGCCCUUGUUAGUCCAGCAGCCCACCCACAACAAAUAAUCAACAGCACAGCCCACCCACAAUAAAUGGUUACUACACCUGGGUAAAGGAGAAGCUUGUCCAUGUCCAGGUGCCUCACCACGGCUGGGCUGGGUACGGGUACGCUGACUUGGUGGGUUGCUGCGUGGGCAGAGACCAGCGGCACUCUGCCCUGUUGCCAGCGCUACUGGGAGGAUAGCCUGGUUGAAGCCUGGUUGUUGGAGGGGGAGACCGACUGUCUCCCCUUUAAAUACACCGCUCUGCUGCUGGAGACUGACUGUCUCCCCUUUAGAUGCACAGUCCUGCUGCUGGAGACCGACCGUCUCCCCUUUGGUUACCCAUCUCUGCUGCUGGAGGGGGAGACCGACUGUCUCCCCUUUGGCUAAACAGCCCUGUCGCUGGGGGGCAGAACCGACCGUCCCUACCCCCUGUGCUGGCAGUGUAGAGACUACGGUCCCAUCUGCACAGUUGUGGGGCUUACUGUCUCCCCCUGAUACAUUAAGCUGCAGCUGGGGAGAGGGGGUAACAGGCUCCUCUCCCGAUAGAACACUCUGCCGCUGGGGAAAGGAGACUGAGCUCUCUAUUCCCUGCCCAUUAAUGAUCCGCUGCUGGGGAGAGGUGGUAGCAAGCUCCUCUCCCAUACAUACUUUCAUCCUCUGUGGAGGGAGACCGACUGUCUCUGCUCCCAAUACUGUGUCCUGCUGCUGGGGAAAGGAGACUGGGCUCUCUAUUCCCGGUAGGACACUCUGCCGCUGGGGAAUGGAGACUGGGCUCCCAAUUCCCUGCUGUAUCUCCCGCUGGGGAAUGGAGACUGGGCUCCCAAUUCCCAAAAAAUCAUGCUGCUGCUCUGCCCCCUGUAGCCCAGCCUGCCGCUGGGGAGGGAGGACGCUGCUCUCCUCUCCCUGCACUUUACACUGCCUUCCUGGCAUAUCACUCUGCUGCUGGGGGGCAGGAACAACUACCUCUGCCCCCUGUAACUCAGCCUGCCGCUGGGGAAUGGAGCUUGGGCUCCCAAUUCCCUGCAAUAUCUCCCGCUGGGAUAUGGAGCUCGGGCUCCCAAUUCCCUGCAAUACCGGUGGAGAGACCUCGGUCCCCUCUCCACCUGCCGCCUGGGGUUCCUCCCAGUAAAUUUCAACAAUAUCUUCCCAGCUGAAUGGGUCUGAGACUGGAUCUGUCACUCUGCUGUCCUGUGGAGCCUUCCCAAUGGAGUGGAAGAGAUCUCGGUAGUCCUGCUCCAGUUCCCACUCCAGGGUUGCUAGGUGAACCAGGUCUUGCUCUACCUCAUGGGGGUCAUCCCAGUCAUGCCUAGCCUCCCUCUCGUAGAAAAUUUCCUGAAGUCUGUUCUGCGCAGGGCUCCCGAAGUCAGGCUCUGCAAAGGACUCCCAUAACAAGCCAGGACCAUCAAACUCCUCUCCCCCUGGCUUGUCAUGCUCAGCUGUCCAGGGUAUAUACUGUGCCAUAUACCACCAGAGCGCCUGGUAGGCAUCCUCCAGCCAUAGCUCCUGCCAUACCCGAUGCUCUAGUUCCUUCACCCAUUCCUCCAGGGGCUGCUCUCUCAGGAAGGGCAUCCGCAGGGCCACUUGCUUCUGCAACCGCUGCUCUUCACUGGGGAGACUCUCACCCCGCUGGUAUUGUACAUUAUCCAGGGCCUGGUACCAGAUGCCUUUCCUUAAUGCAUCCCGGCCAUCCAGGUCCUCCUCCUUGUAUAACACUGCUGGUUCCAUUCUGUUGCUUUUAGGGUGGCUGUACUGGGACAUGCGUUGCCCCCACUUGUAAAUCCAAAGAAAUGGUCUCUCCUGUAGCUGUCCUUCUGGCUGUAGGAACGAUCCCGCCGCUUGCCACCAAUUGUAACGGACCGUUUUGCACACAAGGGGUAAAAACCGUUUAGGCGAUCGGCCCCCUUUCCAGAGAUACAGGCACAGCUACUGCAGAACAUCAAACUCCCAAACUGGAUACAAAAUAGCACUCCAACUCCCGAACUGGAACCUCCCAAACAGCUGCUAGCAGACGAACAGGAAAAGCUCCCAAGCAGCUUACACUCCUGGCAAUCAGUCUCUAACAGCAUACAGUGAAUCCCCCCAAGAACGAGACAAGGCUCCGUGUUGAGGGUCAAGCAGUGGUCUGAGGUGCUGGCACACCCAGCCUGGAUUUUAUUACAGUGUUUCAAAUACAGGACCACCCACAGGGAGGGAUAAAACAACCAAUCAUAUCACAGUUACAUCCCACAUAUUCCCUCCCCUUAUCCUGAGAGGAAACUCAAUUAUACAAACAGUUAAAACAUACUUUCUACCCAACUUUCAUAACUCCAAAACCAUACAUCACAUUCACAUAAAUUUACAUAUUCUCAAUCAAUCCAUUCAGGGGAACAACAUAUUCAAAAAUGGCACAAAUCAGACAAGGGGUUCAAAAGUUAGUAAAAAGUCCUUUGUGACUAAAUGAAGCAUGGCUUUCUAGCCCAAACCAGUUUCAGAGUCUUCUAUCCUGGAGAUAAGUAAUUCAAUUAUCUCCCAGGACAGACACAAGACUCCAUUAAGCACAUGGUUGCAAAGAGACACAAAACACUUUAAAAUACAUAAAGUCCUAUUUAUUACAUAAAACACAGACAUGUAACAUAUCCCCAGAUAGCUCAGGUCCGAGCGCACAUUAUUAAGUGAAUGGCGCUCAGACCACACAAAUACAGUUUAAUCGCCAUGGAGCUAAAGUCUUUACAGUCAGUUUCAUACGAAUGGGCUCCAUGGGAUUCCUAUCUGGGGGAUAACACAUUCAAACAAAUCUACCGAGCCCCAGGCAGAAAAGCACGAAUACAGCUUUUCUGCAGGCAAAAAUAAAGUCUUUUAAAAGGGGGCCAUAGUCCAAAGGCAGCAGGCGAGCAACCAGGCUUCUCCAAUGCAAUGUGGCGAGAUUGGUCUCGUCACAAUCUAGUACAUGGGAAGGAGAUGGAACAUCUAGUAUAUGGGAAGGAAUAGAACAUCUAGUACAUUGGAAAGGGAUAGAACAUUUAGUAUAUGGGAAAGGGAUAGAACAUCUAGUACAUGGGAAGGAAUAGAACAUCUAGUACAUUGGAAAGGGAUAGAACAUUUAGUAUAUGGGAAAGGGAUAGAACAUCUAGUAUAUGGGAAGGAAUAGAACAUCUAGUAUAUGGGAAAGAACAUCUAGUACAUGGGAAGGAAUAGAGCAUCUAGUAUAUGGGAAAGAGAUAGAACAUCUAGUACAUGGGAAGGAAUAGAGCAUCUAGUAUAUGGGAAAGAACAUCUAGUACAUGGGAAGGAAUAGAGCAUCUAGUAUAUGGGAAAGAGAUAGAACAUCUAGUACAUGGGAACAGGAUAUAACAUCUAGUACAUGGGAAGGAGAUGGAACAUCUAGUACAUGGGAGAGGGAUAGAACAUCUAGUAUAUGGGAAAGGGAUAGAACAUCUAGUACAUGGGAAAGGGAUAGAACAUCUAGUACAUGGGAAGGAAUAGAACAUCUAGUACAUUGGAAAGGGAUAGAACAUAUAGUACAUGUGAAGGAGUUGAAUGGAUCAAUUGGAAAAUAGGGAGGACAUGAAUCAUCUGAUAUUUGAGAAGUGGGAAAGGGAUAGAACAUCUAGUACAUGGGAAAGGGAUAGAACAUCUAGUACAUGGGAAGGAAUAGAACAUCUAGUACAUGGCAAAGGGAUAGAACAUCUAGUAUAUGGGAAAAGGAUAGAACAUAUAGUACAUGGGAAGGAGGUGGAACAUCUAGUACAUGGGAAAGGGAUAGAAUAUCUAGUACAUGGGAAGGAAUAUAACAUCUAGUACAUGGGAAAGGGAUAGAACAUCUAGUAUAUGGGAAAUGGAUAGAACAUCUAGUACAUGGGAAAUGGAUAGAACAUCUAGUACAUGGGAAGGAUAUGGGAAAGGGGUAGAACAUCUAGUACAUGGGAAGGAAUAGAACAUCUAGUACAUGGGAAGGAAUAGAACAUCUAGUAUAUGGGAAAGAACAUCUAGUAUAUGGGAAAAGGAUAGAACAUCUAGUACAUGGGAAAGGGAUAGAACAUCUAGUAUAUGGGAAAGAACAUCUAGUAUAUGGGAAAGGGAUAGAACAUCUAGUAUAUGGGAAAGGGAUAGAACAUCUAGUAUAUGGGAAAGGGAUAGAACAUCUAGUGCAUGGGAAAGGGAUAGAACAUCUAGUACAUGGGAAAGGAUAGAACAUCUAGUAUAUGGGAAAAGGAUGGAACAUCUAGUACAUGGGAAGGAGGUGGAACAUCUAGUACAUGGGAAAGGAAUAGAACAUCUAGUACAUGGGAAAGUGAUAGAACAUCUAGUACAUGGGAAAGUGAUAGAACAUCUAGUAUAUGGGAAAGAACAUCUAGUAUUUGGGAAAAGGAUAGAACAUCUAGUACAUGGGAAAGGGAUAGAACAUCUAGUACAUGGGAAAGAACAUCUAGUAUAUGGGAAAGGGAUAGAACAUCUAGUACACAGGAAAAGGAUAGAACAUCUAGUGCACGUGAAAGGGAUAGAACAUCUAGUACAUGGGAAAGGAUAGAACAUCUAGUAGAUUGGAACAGAUAGAACAUCUAGUACAUGGGAAGGAAUAGAGCAUCUAGUAUAUGGGAAAGGGAUAGAACAUCUAGUACAUGGGAACAGGAUAUAACAUCUAGUAUAUGGGAAAGGGAUAGAACAUCUAGUACAUGGGAACAGGAUAUAACAUCUCGUACAUGGGAAAUGGAUAGAACUUCUAGUACAUGGGAAAGGGAUAGAACAUCUAGUACAUGGGAAAGGGAUAGAACAUCUAGUACAUGGGAAAGGGAUAGAACAUCCAGUACAUGGGAAGGAGAUGGAACAUCUAGUACAUUGGAAAGGGAUAGCACAUCUAGUACAUGGGAAGGAGUUGAAUGGAUCAAUUGGAAAAUAGGGAGGACAUGAAUCAUCUGAUAUUUGAGAAGUGAAUGGAUUUUGAGGUACAAGGGAAACAUUGUGUACAUGGGAAGGAGAUGGAGCAUCAAGUGACAUGGGGUGGGCAUAAGGAACCAGGAAGGUGAGGAGUGGAUGGACUAUCUAGUAUAUGGGGAGGAGACGGAUCAUCAGGCACAUGGGAAGGGGUGAAGUAUUAAGUACACGGGAAGCAGAAAUACAGUAUGGACUGUUGAUGAAGACCUAUGGUCAUUGACCACAAAGGAUGUGAUUUCAGGACUUCCUCAUUCUAUCACACCUGAGGGUUUUGAAAAGACAUUUGCCACCAAUCACCUGGGCCCGUUUCUGCUUACAAACCUUCUGCUUGGUAAGUACCACUUACUGACUGUCAGGUUGUGUACUUGGCUUAUACAUGUCCUUUAAAGUACCAUCAUGUAUACUCUGGUACCAUUAUCACAUUAUACGAAACAUAAUAAAAUAUAUCUAUCUCUAUCCAACACCUUUAUAAACUUACACAAAUACCUAAAUAUAGUAAGACAUUGUCAGGAUCGACAUGCCCCAAAAUAACCAGAUGAGACAUUCGACAAAACAAAUGUAAAAAAAACAAACUAAACAGGGGGUCUAGAACCCCAUAAUAACAGCAUAUUUCAGAGACCACUAUUAAUCUGUUAUUAUUUUCCACUUUAUCCUUCCUGUGUUUAGGGCAUGGCAUUGACAUUUGGCAAUGUGAUACCUCUAGCUUCUUCAUACCACCAUUUAUACUGUGAGAGCAGAAGGUAAUUUCUUUAAUGGUGAAUUUCCUCUUUCCCUGGUGCCCCAUAUGAAGGGUCCCUGAACCUCUAUGACGCAUGACCCCAACAAUAUGACACGUCUUUCCUAAUAACAACAAGGGAUGACUGAAGUGUGUCCUGCUACGUUAAAGGGGGCCAGGGAUCUCCAAGAUACCUGAAUCCAAUGCCAUGACACCCCUGACCCCAAAAAAGUGUCUCCCUUUUCCAACCACAGCUUCUAAAGUAGGGGAGCUGUCUACUAAACAGCAUCAUUAUUUGGGACAAUUGCACAUAAGGGUAUCAAUUUAUGGGAGCCAUCCAUUAAACAGUGCCCUGAUUUGGUAUCCUAACUAGGGCAAUCCCAAAACAUGGUACCAUCUAGUAAACAGCAUUCUAUAGGGAAUAAACGACAUCCAUUUCUGAAAAUUUUCAGAUGAAUUUCAGUUUGUUCUGAAUUGAAAUGGAAAAGUGUGAAAUUAAGGAAUGUGGCAAAACUAGCCACUUAAGACUGUAUGUUCAUUAAUGUGAUGCUGUGGCGUUAAGGCUAUCUGAGCUGAGUGUAUUCCCUGUCUGUAUUUGAUGCAAACGAGAGCAUUCGUAUGCUGGCAGCAUGAAAGCCACCAGCAUUCAUACAGUAGUUUCACGAACAGUGAAUUUCAACACUGUUCGUGAAACGAACAAACUUCCUAAUGGGAGACCACACACAGGAGGUUGUGUGGCUCCCAUUAAGUAUUGCAACAUUGUAUCUUUCGGUAGUUAAUAGAUGUUCAAGGUGGCCGCCGUUCGGCUACCAACCACGCGGCGGUCAGCCAUCUUGGAUCCUUUGUUAGCCCAGCGGUAAUUUGCCAUCGAGCGCCUGGAACUAAAAUAGGCUACUCGACGGCACGAAUCCCGCUGGACCUCCAGGCCGUUUGGGAGCACCGGUCUUUCGGUAUUUUAGCCUUGUUGGUCUAUUCGUGCCUUUCUUAAAAAAUUUAUGUCCAAGUGUAUUUCGUGCGGCGUUCUGCUAAUGGUGCUGGGAUCUGAGCGGUACUUUCACGAAGUAUGCGCUCAGACCCCAGCUAUCUGCCGAACGGUCAUUCGGUAUAUUAGCACGAAUAAUGUUAAAGUUAAAUAUUUUUAUGUAAAAAGCCAGUUCUGCUGCACAGAGGGAUAAUCCACUUAACUGGAUAUUUUAGUGGGAGUAUCCCUCUCGUGCAGCAGUGCAUGGAGGGAGAAAUGUCUUGGUUGUCAAGUCCCCAUGUAGCCCACUACUGUACAACCCCUGUAAAGUCAGUAAGGAAACCCCUUGCAUGGGGAAGCACAUAAAUACUGUGACUUGUGAUUAAAAACUCAGUUGAUUCCCAGCCUAUGUGUCGUCAGGUUCUUGGGAAGGAAGGAUUUAUUUAACGCUACCGGGAUUAUUGUAUGCUGUACCUGUCUACCAGCGGAGACACUGUGGAUUAUAUUACCUCUCCCCUACAAUUGGUGGUAGCGGUGGGAUUUCAAACACACAGCAAACCAGCGUUCGGCAGUAAUCACCCAAAUAAAGAAGAGAAGCAGCAGUUCAACUGAACAAACCAUUCGGAUAAAACCAGUGUUCGGUAAAUAGGUUAAAGUACGCGAACAACUGGUGAAUGGAGUCGAAUUAUGCAACACUGAAAUGAACUACGCUGAAUGAAUUAUUGGAAGCAAGGGGAAAAAGCACCAGCAACAAAACCAAAGCAACCCUUGUGGCAGAACUCAUGGAGGGAGACAGAGAAAACACUGCAGCAGCUCCACGGGAAAUAGAUCCCAGCGAAUUCGUUAAGAGAUGAGGAGCAGGCUAGCCUUUUAUCCAGAAACCCCGCCCCCCCCCCGUAGAGAUAUUGUCCCGACUGAUGGCGGACAUACAGGAGUAUCUGGUGAAUCCAAGCAAAUCAACGAGCAGAAGAAAGAGUCACAACGCCGGUCAGCAUUACCCCGGGGAAAACCAAAAUUCCCCAUCAAGCUGUAACGGAGCUUCCCGUACUCCAACCGAGUACCAUCCGUUGAUGGACACUUCCCAGCUUGCGCCAAGGACCACAAGCACCGCACCGGAAACCACAACCACCGCAGACUCCGCAACCGCUGUAGCUUGACUGGAGUCUCGCCGUCUUCCUUCCACCCUGCAUCAGCUUCUGUCCUCCAGGACCAUGUGGGAAAGACCUCUCCUCCAGGAGAGCGUAACAGGAACAUCUCUUAAAAGAGCUAAGUGAUUCAAGCUCAGGGGAGUAUGCAGAGCAUAACAAUCCCCAGUGUGAUUAUAACAGCUCCCUCCAAUAACGAGUCAAGGAUACGUUUAGAGGGAUCAAGAAGAACUGUCUAAACCUUUAUUUUACUUGGGACUAGCCCAUAUGGUCAUUACAUUAACAAUGCUGUGAAAACUCAAUAAACUUACAAACAGCCAAAUCAUAGUAGGCAACAUACAGUGACUUAUUAUAACACAAUGGCAUAUUUUUUUAAAGGGGUGGGGGAGACAAUAUUUAACAGAAAAUAUCUCACAUGCCUGCAGAAUUAGCAAUAUGCAAAUCUACCCAAAUAUGCAAAUGAACCAGUCUUGCUAUUCAGGUAGUGCAUAUUGCUGUUGCUACCAACAGAGGGCACUAGACAAGCUCCAUAGCCAAAUCCACCUAGUUGGUAGAAAAACCUCAGCAGUACAGGAGAGCAGGCAAUACAUUUCACAGUACACACACACUACAAACAAUUACAUUCAGGGCCGGCGCUACCAUAAGGCGGCCCAGGCGGCCACCUUAGGGCGCACCAGCCCUGGGGGCGCGACAUCAGGCAGACAGGAAGGAGGGAAGCGCACCUGGCUCCCCUCCAGCUGGUUACUACUUGUAGAGUGGCCGAGCGCAGCCCAGAGAUUCCCGCCCGCGGAGCUCAGCCUCGGCCCGCCCACCUGGUGUCUGCCGCAGGCUGUGUGGAGGGGGCGGGGAUAUGAAUGACAUCAUAUCCCUGCUCCCUGUGUCCCACACAGCGCGGCUGGCGCCCUGUGAUGGUGCUGGGCUGCAGGACGGGACUCCACAGAGCCGGACAGCAUGCACCCAGGGGACAAGAUUUAACAGAUGUAAGUAUGUAAUUAUGUAUGUAUGUAUGUAUAUCUGUAUGUAUGUAUGUCUCUGUAUUUAUGUGUGUAUGUCUGUAUGUCUCUGUAUGUAUGUCAGUAUGUCUCUGUAUGUAUGUAUGUCUCUGUAUGUAUGUAUCUAUCUCUAUGUAUGCAUGUAUGUAUCUGUAUGCAUGCAUGUAUGUAUCUGUAUGUAUGUCUGUCUCUGCAUGUAUGUCUCUGUACGUGUGUAUGUCUGUAUGUCUCUGUAUGUAUGUAUGUCUCUGUAUGUAUGUCUCUGUAUGUAUGUUUGUAUGUAUCUAUCUCUAUGUAUGUAUGUCUCUGUAUGCAUGCAUGUAUGUAACUAAAUGUUUGUCUCUGAAUGUCUGUAUAUAUGUCUCUGUAUGCAUGUGUGUAACUGUAUGCCUUUAUGUCUCUGUAUGUACGUAUGUGUCUGUGUGUCUCUGUAUGCCUGUAUGUCUUUGUAUGUAUGUUUAUGUAUGUAUGUCUGUAUGACGGUUUGCCUCUCUAUGUAUGAAUGUUUGUAUGUGUCUGUAUGCCUGUAUGUCUUGUAUGUAUGUUUCUGUAUGCCUGUAUGUCUCUGUAUGUAUGCCUGUAUGUCUUUGUAUGUAUGUUUCUGUAUGUGUCUGUAUGGCAGUAUGUCUCUGUAUGCAUGCAUGUCUCUGUAUGUAUGUAUGUAUGUAUGUAUCUAUCUCUAUGUAUGCAUGUAUGUAUCUGCAUGCAUGUAUGUAUCUGCAUGCAUGUAUGUAUCUGUAUGUAUGUAUGUCUGUCUCUGUAUGUAUGUCUCUGUACGUGUGUAUGUCUGUAUGUCUCUGUAUGUAUGUAUGUCUCUGUAUGUCUCUGUAUGUAUGUAUGUAUCUAUCUCUAUGUAUGUAUGUCUCUGUAUGCAUGCAUGUAUGUAACUAAAUGUUUGUCUCUGAAUGUCUGUAUAUAUGUCUCUGUAUGCAUGUGUGUAACUGUAUGCCUUUAUGUCUCUGUAUGUACGUAUGUGUCUGUGUGUCUCUGUAUGCCUGUAUGUCUUUGUAUGUAUGUUUAUGUAUGUAUGUCUGUAUGACGGUUUGCCUCUCUAUGUAUGAAUGUUUGUAUGUGUCUGUAUGCCUGUAUGUCUUGUAUGUAUGUUUAUGUAUGCCUAUAUGUCUCUGUAUGUAUGCCUGUAUGUCUUUGUAUGUAUGUUUCUGUAUGUCUGUAUGCCUGUAUAUAUGUAUGUGUCUGUAUGGCAGUAUGUCUCUGUAUGCAUGCAUGUCUCUGUAUGCAUGCAUGUCUUUGUAUGCCUGUAUGUAUGUAUUCGUCUGCAUGACUGUAUGUUUCUGUAUGCCUGUAUGUAUGUAUGUAUGUGCCUUGAUGUCUUUGUAUGUAUGUUUCUGUAUGUAUGUGUCUGUAUGACGGUAUGCCUCUGUAUGUAUGCAUGUCUUUAUAUGCCUUCAUGUCUCUGUAUGCAUGUAUGUCUUUGCCUGUAUGUCUGUAUGUCUCUGACUGACUGUAUGUGUCUAAAUGUCUCUGUAUGAUUAUUUCUGUGUUUGUAUGACAGUGUACCUGUAUGACUUUGACUGUGUGACUGAAAAAUUAUGCCUGUGGCUUGGGAGGAAAUACACACAGGUGAAGAUGCAUUUUUUUUUUUUUUUAAAGGAGGUUGAGGGGCACCAAAAUGCAUGUUCGCCUGUGUAACUAAAAAUCCUAGCACCGGCACUGAUUACAUUACACACACCCUGCACCUAUAAUGGGUACAGGGUGACUAAAACAUAAGAGAAAUAAAACAACCUACAUAAAUAGUCUGUCUGAAGGUAGAAUAGGGGAUUUAAAGCCAAAUACAUCAAAGAGUCAUAGUCACAGGGGAGGAGGCUGGCAAGCAGGCCUCUCCAGGGCCAAGUGGCGAAGGGCACUUUGUCACAUAUCUCCCCUUCGGGGGGUAGACUAACCAAGCACCUGACUUUCUGUCAGUCAGUGCCUAAGUUAGUCGAUUCACCCACCGACCAUAAGCAAGUGCCAGAGUAGCCCACACACAACAAACAGUUAUUAGAGCAGCCCACCCACAGCAAACAGUGACUGCACCUGGGUAUUCCUCUGGGGUGAUGGGGCAACACGCUGUGGGGACUUGAGGGGCAGAGGCCAGCGUUGCGCUCUGCCCUGAUGCCAGUUCUUCCACUGGUAUAGCCUGUAGGACAUCAGGCUCUGGACAAGGGACAAAGGAAGGGCAGAGGCCAACUGCACUCUGCCCAGCUGCCAGCUCUUCUGCUGGGAUGCUUGGGACAUAGUCCGGCUCAGUAGCCAGGGGAACGUGGGGGUCAGUGGGGGUUAACAUCUCCUCUGUUAACCCUGGGGUCGUUAGGAGGUAGCUGGGGAGGGGAGAAUUAGCUUACCUCCUCCUUCUGAUACUCCUGUGAUGGUAGCGGAGGAUCUGGACAGGCUGUCCAGCAUCCCCGUGGGCCAGGCACAGAGACCACGGUCCCAUCUGCGCCGUCUGGAAGAUUGGUGUCUCCCCUUGGUAGGGUAAACUGCCGCUGGGGAGAGAGGGUGCUGUGCUGGAAGGAAUCACAGGCUGCCGCUGGAGAGGGAGACCGACUGUCUCUGCUCCUUGUAGGACACACUGCUGCUGGGGGGAAAGGAAAACAGCUUCAGCCCCCUGGAACUCACACUGCCACUGGGGAGGAAGGACGACACCUUCGGCUCUCUGUAACUCACCCUGCCGCUGGAGAGGAAGGACGACACCUUCGGCUCCCUGUAACUCGCACUGCCACUGGGGAGGAAGGACGGCACCUUCGGCUCCCUGGGACUCACUCUGCCACUGGGGAGGAAGGACGACACCUUCGGCUCCCUGUAACUCACACUGCCGCUGGGGAGGAAGGACGGCACCUUCAGCUCCCUGUAACUCACACUGCCGCUGGGGAGGAAGGACGACACCUUCAUCUCCCUGUAACUCGCACUGCCGCUGGGGAGGAAGGAUGGCACCUUCAGCUCCCUGGGACUCACUCUGCCACUGGGGAGGAAGGACGACACCUUCGGCUCCCUGUAACUCACACUGCCGCUGGGGAGGAAGGAUGACACCUUCGGCUCCCUGUAACUCGCACUGCCGCUGGGGAGGAAGGACGGCACCUUCGGCUCCCUGGGACUCACUCUGCCACUGGGGAGGAAGGACGACACCUUUGGCUCCCUGGAAUUCGCACUGGGUGUCCAAAUCCUCAACCUCCACAAUUUCUGCUCAAAGACCAUUGCCGCACUGUUCUCAGCACUCAACUGGCACAUCACUUGGUAGACCACCUCGUUUGAAGGAUCUGGGCCAUAGCAGACCAACCGCAAAUUUACCUCCUCUAGGUAGGCGUCACCCUCAUAGCAACGUAUCAGGUUUAGGUGCUCUUCGCAGGGUUCUAUCCAUGCUCGCUCCAUGCUGCUGUAGAUAGGGACACUGCCCAGUGGCUAGUGUUGCCCUCAAUAACUUCUCAUACGAUACCAGUGUCUCCGAGCUGCUUCUCCUUGCACUAGGACGCCAUCCCACCGCUGCCACCAAUUGGUAGCAAACCUCAGCACACCUGCAACCAGCAAGGGCAUAUACAGCGAGACUGCCCACGCAACCGACCUAGGCCAAGCUGGAAUAAUGCAACACCCCAAACCCGAGCAGCCGUGCAUUGUGUACAAGCUGCAUUGUGUACAUUCAGGCUGCCUCGGAUAACUGUCAGGGACACUGACAAGAAGUACACAUGGAGGGGAAGAAGGUACAAGGUCUACGAGACUCUGGGGCUACCUUAACACUAGUCCGAAAUCAUCUGGUACCAAAGAACAAUCUCACUGGGGACUGCGUCGCUGUACGGGUGGCCGGGGGAGCGAUUUACAAAGUUCCUACUGCCAAGGUGCAUUUGAAUUGGGGAGCGGGGCAUGGCAAUGUGGAGGUGGGGAUGAUGCAGGAUUUACCCGCUGACGUCAUUUUGGGGAACGACCUCAGCUUUUGUUACCCAACACACCAUUCAGGAGGCGUACCUGGUUGUGACACGGAAGCAGGCCCGCACCACUGCUCCAUGUAACCACUCUGAGGCUCAGGUAAGCAAUGAAGAUCCCCUGCCCUCUGUCCUGCCCUGGGCGACCCCCCUAGAAUUUGUUUCCGAAGUGGCCCUAGAUCCCUCACUGCAGAUAUAUAAAGACCGCAUAAACAAAGACCAGGCAGAGCUAGAAGGGGAAAGGUACACCUGGGACAAGGGGUUACUGUAACGGCACGCUGAGAAGGUAGUAGCCGGAUCUAUACCUCUACCCAUUAAGCAGCUAAUUGUGCCUCGGAAAUAUAGACUCGAGUUGUUAAGUAUUGCCCAUGAUAUUCCCCUAUCUGGGCACUUAGGAAUCAGCCGCACUAAGCACAGGCUAACCCAGAACUUCUUCUGGCCAGGUAUCUCACAGGAUGUUAGGCGGUAUUGUCAGACCUGUGAUACCUGUCAGAGGGUAGGGAAGAGGGGAGACAGAUACAAAGCUCGGCUUCGUUCCCUGCCCAUAAUUGAGGAACCAUUCAGUAGGGUGGCGGUGGAUAUAAUAGGACCCCUAGCGAAACCCAGUCCCUCCGGCAAGAAAUACGUCUUGACCAUGGUGGACUAUGCCACCAGAUACCCAGAAGCGGUGGCCUUAACUAAUGUGCACGCGGAAACAGUAGCGGAUGCCCUUAUGCGAAUUCUCCUGCGUGGGAUUUCCCCGGGAGAUUAUUUCGGAUAGUGGCACCCAAUUCACCGCCGAAGUCACACACCAGCUCUGGAAGAUAUGUGGGGUACAACAGAUCUUGAAUUCCGCAUAUCACCCCCAGUCCAAUGGUCACUGUGAACGAUUUAACUGUACUCUCAAACAGAUGAUCCAUACGUUCAUUGACACCCAGAAGGACUGGGAAAGGUUUCUUCCCCAUUUACUUUUUGCCUAUAGGGAAGUACCCCAAGAGUCCACCAGGUUCUCUCCGUUCGAACUACUAUUCGGGAGGAGAGUGAGGGGACCCCUCGAUUUAUUACGAGAACACUGGGAGGGAGAAGGGAUCAUUAAUGGCACACCUAUCGUACCCUAUGUACUCGAGUUUAGGGAAUGCCUGGAGGCUCUGACCCAGACCAUGCGCAACAACCUCCAGGAGGCCCAGCAAUGACAGCGCAGAUGGUACGAUAAGGGGGCCAGGGACCGCAGCUUUCAGGUAGGGCAAAAAAUACUAAUCUUACGACCAGUACACAAGGACAAGCUGUAGGCCUCCUGGCAGGGCCCAUACAAGGUGGUAGAACAGAUAUGUGAUACCACCUAUGUGAUCGGUCCGGCCGUAGGCGCGGGGGGCAAACGCAUGCUCCAUGUGAAUAUGCUCAAGCCAUACCAUGAGCGUACCGAGGAGGUAACCGCGAUCUGCGCGCCAGCUACCGAGGACUUUAAUAUUCUACCUCUUCCAGAUCUCCUAGACCGAGAGGGCCAGGACGGAGACCCGGGAGAAGUACAGUUAGGAGAACGGUUAAGUUCCCAGGAGCGAACCCAAGCCCAAAGCUUAAUCAGGGAAAAGGAGGCCACCUUCUCCAAUUUUCCCGGGUACACCCCAUUGGCCACUCACAAGGUAGAAACCCUAGAACAGACCCUGCUUCGCCAACCUCCUUACCGCAAACCAGAAUCCGUAAAGGAAAACAUGCGUAAGGAGAUUGAAGAAAUGUUACAACUAGGGGUGAUAGAGCAUUCUCACAGCCCCUGGGCCUCCCCGGUAGUGCUAGUGCUGAAACGGGACGGGACGACCCAUUUUUGUGUAGACUACCGGAGGCUCAAUGACAAAACUACCUCCGACGCUUACCCUAUGCCCCGGAUAGACAUGCUCCUAGACAAAAUGGCCAGGGGUCAGUACCUCACCACAAUAGAUGUGUGUAAAGGGUACUGGCAAAUCCCGCAGCUGAGGACACCAUCCCCAAGUCGGCGUUUGUCACCCCGUUUGGCCUGUACCAGUUUAAGGUCAUGCCAUUCGGGAUGAAAAACGCCCCGACUAUCUUUCAGAGGAUGGUGGAUCGGCUACUGGAUGGGUUCCAGGAGUACGCUUGCACCUAUCUAGACGAUAUAGCAAAUUUCGGCCACUCCUGGACCGAACACCUGACCCACAUAGGAGCCAUAUUAGACCGGAUUAGGGAGGCAGGACUAACCCUUAAACCCAGUAAGUGCCACAUAGGGAUUGCAGAAGUUCAGUACCUAGGACAUAGGGUAGGAAGCAGUCAACAGAAGCCAGAACCUGCUAAAAUAGAGGCGGUCGCCAAGUGGCCAACCCCCUGCACCAAGACGCAGGUCCUCGCAUUCCUAGGUACCGCAGGAUACUAUUCGCAAAUUCAUACCUAACUACAGCACCCUAGCAAAACCCCUCACCGACUUAACCCGUAAGAAUCUCCCUAAGAUAGUGGUAUGGGCCCCAGAGUGUCAACAGGCCUUCCAACAGCUCAAGACGGCACUUAUUCAAUCACCUGUACUUUCUGCUCCUGAUCCAACUAAACGCUUUCUCAUCCAUACAGAUGCUUCUAUGUUUGGAUUGGGACCAGUAUUGAGCCAAGUCGGAGCGGAUGGCGGCAGGCAUCCAGUAGCUUGCCUCAGCAGAAAAAUCUUACCCAGAGAAGUAAGCUAUGCCGCCAUUGAAAAGGAAUGCCUGGCUGUGGUGUGGGCCCUCAAAAAUCUGCAACCAUAUUUGUAUGGACAACCCUUCACAUUACUCACAGAUCACAACCCGUUGGUGUGGCUGAACAGGGUGUCAGGAGACAAUGCUAGGCUGCUGUGCUGGAGUUUGGCACUGCAGCCUUUUGACUUUACCAUCCACUACCAUCCUGGGAAGCAAAAUGGCAACACCGACGGGUUAUCCCAACAAACAGACCUUGAAAAGUGAUCUGUGAGUACUCCUCCGGACAUCCCCAAGUCAAUCCGUUGGCAUCAGACUGUGUAUGCCGGUUUGGUUCUGGGGGAGCAUUGUGACAAAACUAGCCACUUAACACUAUAUGUUCAUUAAUAUGAUGCUGUGGCUUUAAGGCUAUCCGAGCUGAGUGUAUUCCCUAUCUGUAUUUGAUGCGAAUGAGAGCAUUCGUAUGCUGGCAGCAUGAAAGCCACCAGCAUUCAUACAGUAGUUUCACGAACAGUGAAUUUCAACACUGUUCGUGAAACGAACAAACUACCAAAUGGGAGACCACACACAGGAGGUCGUGUGGCUCCCAUUAAGUAUUGCAACAUUGUAUCUUUCGGUAGUUAAUAGAUGUUCAAGGUGGCCGCUGUUCGGCUACCGACCACGCGGCGUUCGGCCAUCUUGGAUCCUUUGUUAGCCCAGCGGUAAUUUGCCAUUGAGCGCCUGGAACUAAAAUCGGCUACUCAACGGCACGAAUACCGCUGGACUUCCAGGCCGUUCGGGAGCACCGGUCUUUCGGUAUUUUAGCCCUGCUGGUCUAUUCGUGCCUUUCUUAAAAAAUGUAUGUCUAAGUGUAUUUCGUGCGGCGUUCGGCUAAUGGUGCUGGGAUCUGAACUGUACUUUCAUGAAGUAUGCGCUCAGACCCCAGCUAUCUGCCGAACGGUCAUUCGGUAUAUUAGCAUGAAUAAUGUUACAGUUAAAUAUUUUUAUGUAAAAAGCCAGUUCUGCUGCACAGAGGGAUAAUCCACUUAACUGGAUAUUUUAGUGGGAGUAUCCCUCUCGUGCAGCAGUGCAUGGAGGGAGAAAUGUCUUGGUUGUCAAGUCACCCAUGUAGCCCCCUACUGUACAACCCCUGUAAAGGCAGUAGGGAAACUCCUUGCAUGGGGAAGCACAUAAAUACUGUGACUUGUGAUUAAAAGCUCAUUUGACUCGCAGCCUAUGUGUCGUCAAGUUCUUGGGAAGGAAGGAUUUAUUUAACGCUACCGGGAUUAUUGCAUGCUGUACUUGUUAUACCGGGAUUAUUGUAUGCUGUUCCUGUCUACCAGCGGAGACACUGUGGAUUAUACUACCUCUCCGCUACAAGGAAUAAAAUUCUAAAAUCCCACUAGAGGGCGAUAGACACCAGGUCAAACUUGUAGCUUGUUUUAAAAACUCUGGAACAACAAAAAAACAUAUGAUAUAUGAAUACGUUUUUUUAUGCAAUAAUUUACUUUUUAAUUGAGCUAUUGUGAAGUUCAUAAAUUUCAUUAAUUUUAGACUUUUUUGUUGUUCCUGAUGUAGCUAUUUUAUGCCUGGGGUCUAGCGCCCUCUGGUGGGACUUGGUAGUGGGAUUUUGGUGGCAGCAUUCACCUGUGUUAUUUUAUAUAUAUUUAUAUAAAGGAUUGUUCUCAAUUGAUAAUUACCAGAGUUGCCAAACCAAAUUUUGAAACAAUCCCAAAAACUAACCAAACCUUUUGCUCGUGUACAUGUCCACUCCCUUAAGCCUAAAACUAGCUCAUAUCUAACCCUAACUAAAUCCAUAACCCUAACCCUAAUACUAGUUCAGACCUUAAUAUUAGUUUUAUGCCUAAACCUAGCCCAUAUCUAACCCUAAUCAGAUCCAUAACCCUAACCCUAAUACUAGUCCUGACCAUAAUACUAGUUUUAUACCUAAACCAAGCCCAUAUCUAACCCUAACUAAAUCCAUAACCCUAACCCUAAUACUAGUCCUGACCAUAAUACUAGUCUUAUGCCUAAACCGAGCCCAUAUCUAACCCUAACUAAAUCCAUAACCCUAACCCUAAUACUAGUCCUGACCAUAAUACUAGUCUUAUACCUAAACGGAGCCCAUAUCUAACCCUAACUAAAUCCAUAACCCUAACCCUAAUACUAGUCCUGACCAUAAUACUAGUCUUAUGCCUAAACCAAGCCCAUAUCUAACCCUAACUAAAUCCAUAACCCUAACCCUAAUACUAGUCCUGACCAUAAUACUAGUCUUAUGCCUAAACCGAGCCCAUAUCUAACCAUAACUAAAUGCAUAACCCUAAUACUAGUCGUGACCAUAAUACUAGUCUUGUGCCUAAACCGAGCCCAUAUGUAACCCUAACUAAAUUCAUAACUCUAACCCUAAUACUAGUCUUGACCAUAAUACUAGUCUUAUGCCUAAACCGAGCCCAUAACUAACCCUAACUAGAUCCAUAACCCUAACCCUAAUACUAGUCCUGACCAUAAUACUAGUCUUAUGCCUAAACCGAGCCCAUAUGUAACCCUAAUCAGAUCCAUAACCCUAUCCCUAAUACUAGUCCUGACCAUAAUACUAGUUUUAUGCCUAAACCUAAUCAGAUCCAUAACCCUAACCCUAAUACUAGUCCUGACCAUAAUACUAGUCUUAUGCCUAAACCGAGUCUAUAUGUAACCCUAAUCAGAUUCAUAACCCUAACACUAACCCAUAAUUCUCAAUCUUAAAAUUAACCAAAUCCCCAGUCUUAACAGAAAGAACAUAUUAUAUAAAUCUAAAUAACGAUAAAAUGUGCAUUAUGGGAAAAUAAAGCCAUCUCAGGAAUCUGGAGACUCGAGCUGGUGCUUGUGGUUUGUUAUGAGGGUCUCCAGAGCCUCUAAUGGCCUUAUUGCCCCAUUACACACUGAUCACUGAUCUCUACAAUAUAUGUAUCAGUUUCCAUGUGGUCUAUACUGAUUGUGUCCCCCACAGACCUGAUGAAGCAUUCGCUCCCGAGCCGCAUAGUGUUUGUGUCGUCCUUCAUACACACUAAAGGAGUGAUAAACAUUAAACAUCUGAAGGGGGAAGAGCUCCAUGACUUGCACAUAAGUGAAUACUACAACUGCACCAAGUUAAUGAACUUGGUCUGCUCCAAUGAGUUGGCUCGACGAUUGGAGGGAAGUGGUGAGUGACUGGGGAUGGGGGAUAUUAAUGUGGCUGGAUGAUAUGUGACCACUCAGGGAAGUAAUGCGAGUAGUGGAGGAUGAGUGGCCAGUCAGGGAAGUAAUUAAUUGCUGGGGAUGGGGGAUAGUGGAGGGUGAGUGCCCACUCAGUGAAGUAAUGAGUGACUAGGGAUGGGGGAUAUCAAUGUGGCUGGAGGAUGAGUGACUGUUAAGACACCCCUGGCACACAGGAGAGAAACCGCCGUUUAGUUAAGCUUCCCCUUUUCUCAAUAAUGCAGGCUCAAUUUGUGUAUUCCUCAACCAUACGAACUGAAGCCAGGGGAAUGCGCCAAUCUCCCGAACGGGACCCGUACAAGUUCUUCAAACUCCCGAACAAUAAAUCCACGAAUCGCGGCUAACAGCCGAACAAAUAUAUCCUCCAAGCGGCUUAUGUUUCCAGCAAUCAGUCGCUAACCGUGUGUAGUAAAUCCCCCCAAUAACGAGACCAAGCUUGACCUAAAUGAAGGGUGAGACGCGAUCUAAAUGAAGGGUGAGACUUGACCUAAAGGGUGAGACUCGAUCUAAAUGAAGGGUGAGACUCGUACUAAAUGAAGGUUGAGAGUAAAACAAGAACUGGGUUUACUGUGGGCUACCCGCCCGUAUUUAUGCAGGUCUCCCACUUGGUGGACACUCCCCUAGGGGACCAAAUGGGAGACUGUAGUUACAGACAGACAUACAGCACUUUAGGACAUACAGGCACAGAAUAUUCCCUCAAUGCAUCCUGGUUUCCUCCCCUCUUCCCUGGAGAUAAUUGAGAAGCAAUUCAAUUAUCUCCCAGGACAGAGGCAAAUCGCCAUUUUAAAUGAAACAUAAAAAACACAUAAAAAUAAAUAAUUAUACAAACUACCGAACAUAUUACAUUCGUGCAACGUAUCCCCACAUAGCCUGGAUCUGAGUGCAUAUUCUUAGCAAUAGCGCUCAGAUCCCAUAAGCACAGUUAAAUCGCCAUGGAGUCAAAGUCUUUUACAGUCUUUCGGUAUGCGAUUGACUCCAUGGGAUGGCUAUCUGGGUUAAGUUCAUUCGUAUAAUCCAAACUCCCGAAUGGACCGGUGUUCGCAUGCCUUGAUGAAUGAGAAGGGCGGUCUGUAGUCUCAGCGGUGUUCGGCAGAAAAAGUGUCAGUUUUUAGUUCCAUAAAAUCUGUGCCGAACACCGCUGGUCUUUCGCAUGGUUUAAAAUGGCCGCCGCCUCGUGGUCGGCAUACGAACGACGACCACCCUGCAUUCAGUUAUAAUUAAGAGGUGUCUGCGGUUAACCACAAUGUUCUAAUUGGGAUCAAGAGGUUAACCAACCUGGGUGGCCGUCCGUUCGGUAAGUUCAUUCGGUAAAAAGUCAAAAAGACGAAUAGGGGUAUACGGACAGGUAAUUCCGCGAAGGGGAGGCAAACUAGACGAACCAGCAAUAGUAGUCCUACAGAUGAAUCUGUCACAGUGACCACUCAGGGAAGUAAUGAAUCACUAGGGAUGGGGGAUACUCCACUCAGGGAAGUAAUGAGUUACUAGGAAUGGGGUAUUAAAAAAAGGCUGGAGGAUGAGUGGCCACUCAAGGAAGUAUAGAAUGACUGGGGUUAGGGGGUAGUGGUGUGGCUGGUCCUAUUUAAGCCACUCUAGUCUUAGGACCAAUGAUCUUUAACUGCAUUAGUUCCUGUCUGUUACUCUUACAUAGUUAUCAAAAGAUCCAAAAGAAGGCAAAAAAACCCAGUCCCUUAGCUAUGACUUGGCUUAUCUGGUUCCUGACAUAAUCCUUUCCCUACCACUCCCAGGUACCAAGGUAGUGAGUGACAAGGCUAAAGAAAAUAUACUUCUUGCCCUGUCUCUGGAAAUUCAUGUCCCGGGCAUUAGGCAAUUCAUAUUCCCAGAGUAGUUCUAUCACAGUUUAAUGGGUUUCUGUAUGUAGGAUGUUAAUUGGUACAUGUGGCUCACAGAUGAAAUGGUAAAACACUCAGUUGGGGAAAACGUUAUUUAGCGAAUUGGGAUUGCAGUUCUGAGGUUUGACAACUAUUUAUUGCUCAGCUAAAAAAGCUUGUUUAAAAAAAACUGCAUUGUCCUAACGACUCCUAUGUUUUGCUCCCUCACUUUCCCAUUCAGUGGAAUAUGAAGAAUCUUUCAAAUAAAAUGAAUAAAAACAACAGAUUAAGAAAUGUGUUGUAAAAAAAUAAGGAAUAAAUAAAAAUGAUGGCUCCCUUCUGUGAGAGUACUAGUGUCGCAAUCUGCAUGUAUGCACAAUGCUCACAGGAGUCUAUUAUAAGCUGCAUAUGCAGGAUAAUGGAUGUAAGACCCAUUCUAAAUGAAGGUGACAAUCAACCUCAAUGAAAAGUGAGACUCAAUCUCACUGAAUGGUUUGUCCUUAGUGGGUCAUCCUCAGUGGUAUAUUUCCCACAGGACUAACAAGGCAUUUGCCUUGAGUGGCACUUAUACGGGGGCAUCAUAAAAUGCUGAUGCCCUCUUUGCCUCUUUAAUGGAGGCCAAAUGCAAAUAUGAGGUUUUACACAGGUCCCUCCCCUCAAAAGCAGUUAAGUAAGCGUAGCGGAGCACUAGUCCUGACAAGGACUUUUCUUUCCGCUGAAUCCGUGAAGACAGGAACUCAGGAACAAGGCCCUGAAAUGUAAAUAGUUCUAUUCCUCCACAGUAACUGGACGACACACAGUUCUGGGAGUACAACUGAUUUAUUUCACACAAACUCAGCCUUUUAUGCAUAAACCCCCAGAAUGGGGUCUCCAUUCAAAAAGUACUAAGCCCCUCCCCUGCACCUCCCCCAGGCAUCCCAUUGUCUGAGAGAUAAUUGAGUCAAAACUGAGUAACCCAAUUAUCUCUCAGGUACAGGAAAAUACAUAACAUAUACAUAAAACACCGCAAAAACAUGGUUAUAAUUCACAGGAACCCCACAAUUCUUAUAUCCCGGAAAAGCUCGGAUCUGAGUGCCCAACAUAUCCAAGUUGCAAUGAGAUCCAUUUGGUAGAAUGAAAACGCCAUUUGGGUAAUGUGCUAACAGACUGGCCACAAGGCGAUGGCCCAAAACAGUUCCAGAUAGUGAAGACUGGUCGGCUUUC